AUGGCGGGCAUCUUCGAGCUUUUGCUCAUCCUAGCUGUGCAUACAUGUUUCGGCUACUCACAGACAGCGACAUACAACAACGGCCAAUGGCAACCAGUCUACACCACAGCCUGGUACCAGCCAACGUCAUACACGACAUACCCCAUAACACACCCCAACAAUGGCGAGAUCGUGUACAUCACGUCCACAGUACCGUGUCCGCCAGUUAGCACCAUCAUAGUUUACACCACCGACUGCCCGCAAAACUGCUGCUAUGACAACAACUGCUGUCGGAACCAGUUUGGUGGGACGUGUUGGGAUACUAAUAUUGGCGUGACAACACAAACGCUCUACACAACAAUAACCCCAGGCCAACCCGCGCAAAACAACGUCAUCACGACCACGAGCGCGGGUGUUGUUUACGUGAUCGCCGCCAACAAUCAGGCAGCGGUCGUGCAAGGAGCGGCAGGAGACAGUAUGCUGGCUGGAACGGAGAACGUGGUGAUGGCGCUGGUAGGUGGGAUUGCGGUUGUUGGCAUUAUUAUGGUGCUACUUUAG